UGUAACAUAAAAUUGAUAAUUGGAAACGAAUCCUUUUGUAUACAAAGAGGAAAAAAUUCCGGCUUCAACACGCUUUCGGAAAAAAGAUAUUUUUUGAGAUUUUUUCCUAUUUUUGAAUAGAUAAAUAAAGCUCGUCACGAUGGCUGCUACUAUGCCAAUAAACCCCAAGCCAUUCCUCAACGGUUUGACUGGGAAAGCAGUGAUGGUAAAGCUAAAAUGGGGACAUGAAUACAAAGGAUAUCUCGUUUCCGUCGACGGAUAUAUGAAUCUUCAGCUCGCCAACACAGAGGAACACGUUGAUGGAAAUUGCACGGGAAAUCUUGGGGAAGUUUUGAUCCGGUGCAAUAAUGUCAUGUAUAUUCGCGGAGUGGAGGAAGAAGACGAGGAAGGGGAGAUGAAGGACUAGCAGUAAAUUUGACUAAGAAAAACAUUUUUCCACUGUAUUUUCAGUUGAGACCUUUAAGUUAAUUUAGAAAUAAUAAAUCUAAGUUUCUAAG